UGCUGCCUUUACAGUAGUGUCGGGUGAGGGGUCACAAAUUGAGACAGACUCCACACAUUUGCAUACACUAUUUCCCCACUGCAUAGCUGAAAGACAAUAUGACCCCGCAUCGUCCACCCUCUGCUCGGUAGUUACCCCGCCAGCCUCCGGACCCGGGACUUUACUUUCCACAGCGGGGUGGAGUGGACCGACACUUUCUCCACAGUUUUAACUAUCCGUGCUCGUCCCCCGUCCAGCCGGCUGCGGCUGUCUCUCCACAGCAACGGGAGAGGUCCAGCCGAGCUGAACUCCGCCGAGCCAUGCGACAGUGGUGUGUCCCCGCCGCGACCCCACGCACCGAGCCGCUCCCGGGGCGCCUGUCCGUGUCACCCCCUCCGACAGAUGCCAGAAUGGAGUGCUGUGAGGUGGAGCCACGCUAUACCAUCGAACAGAUCGACCUCCUGCAGCGCCUCCGUCUCUCCGGCAUGACCAAACCUCAGAUCAUCCACGCUUUGGAGUCCCUGGAGAGGCUGGACCCGGACCACCGCCCGACGCACUGUGACUCUCACCCCGCCCCGUCCAACAACACCCCCACCACGGCCGCCCCAGCCCCGUCUUCAUCUUCAUCCUCCUCCUCCUCGCUGUCCCUGGCCUCCGCCACCACGCAGACCUCCGGCCUGGACGGCGCCGCGCUGUCCCCCAGCAACAGCUACGAGGCCUCGCCUCCGCCCCUCUAUCCUCCCAGCGUGGCCGUUCAGCGGUCGUUCAGCUACGACAUGAUGGGGGAGGAGGAGUGGGACCUGGAGGAGAAGGUGGAGGAGUACAUGAGGAGAGACAGCAACCUGGUGAAAGAAGAGAUCAAAACUUUCCUCAACAAUCGCAGGAUCUCUCAGGCGAUCGUAGGCCAAGUGACAGGCAUCAGCCAGAGCUACAUCUCCCAGUGGUUGCUGCAGCAAGGCCUGGAGAUGAGCGACUCCAAACGCAGAGCUUUCUACCGCUGGUACCUGCUGGAGAGGAAUAACCCAGGGCUGAGAUGGAGUGAAAGCCAGCACAGCGUGAGCCCCAUGCCCAGGGCCAGGGGAGGGGACAGAGAUGGGACGGUAGCAGGGGCAAGUGGCAGCCUCCCCAACAUCCUCCCCAACCCCAACACCAACCUCAACCCCAACCCGUCGUGGAGCAGGCAGAGAGAGCUGCUGAUGCACUUGCUGCCGUGGUACACUGCUGCUGCUGCAGCUGCCCAGGCCCAGCCAGGUGCCACCCUGUCAAUGCGUUCUUUGGUGAAGGAGGAACCCGACUGGAGGACAGGGAUCAUGGCUGGGGACAGAGCAGGGAUCGUGGGCGGGCCUCUGAGGUUGCGUCGAGGAAGCAGGUUCACCUGGAGGAAGGAGUGCCAAUCGAUUAUGGAGAGUUUCUUCAUGGAGAACCAGUACCCGGAUGAGGCAAAGCGGGAGGAGAUCGCCAACGCCUGUAACUCAGUCAUCCAGAAACCAGGUUGCAAACUGUCAGAGUUCGAACGUGUGACGGCGCUGAAGGUGUAUAACUGGUUCGCUAACCGUCGGAAGGAGAUGAAGAGAAGGGCGAACAUAGAAGCUGCCAUUUUGGAAAGCCACGGAAUUGAGGUGCCAAGUCCAAGCUGCCACUCAAACGGUGAGGAGGGAGAGAUGCAAGAGUUUGCAGAUCAGGUGACUCAUCGAUUCUCAGAGCAAGAAGACGCAUCUUCCCAGAGAAUCGUUGACCAACAAGAUCCCUCCUCAUUGGCUACUACGGAGGUGGCAGCCCUGCCGAGCCCCGGCCCUCAGGUCCUGGAACAGAAAGACGAGGAUUCAAAAAGGGAGACUGUGGACGAAGAGUGACUAAAGGCGGCACAGUUUGGAUCAUCAUAUUUGAAUUUUAAUCAGAUGAAAUAGGAAAACAAUAAGUUUCUCCCACUCCACCCAUGUAGGGCUUUUCAGGCCUAUGACACCCAAAAAUCAAAAAGGAGGAGGGUGCUGAAGCUUGCUGAGGUGCCUCAGGUGGUAAGGAGGCCACUGUAUUUAUCAACAGUAAUCCUGCUUAUAUUAACGGCAAUAUACAGUAUAUAUAUAAAUAUAUAUCAAUAUAUAGUGCAUUCCAAGAUGGUAUUAAAAAGCCUAAAUUCCUUAGAGGGAGAAUUAUGUAAAGGAUACCUCGCCCAUUUUAAGCUAAGCCUUUUCUGCUUUCUUUGCUCCAUGCCUUCGUUUAGCUUUUUCAAAGGGUGGCUGUUUAAUGGACAUGAAUGUGCUGAGCCUGCAGGUCAGGUGUGUUUGGGUGCGGGGAUAAAGUGUGGCAUCAAGGAUCUAGGUUGUGGUGAAACAAAUGCCCUCUGCUUGCUUGAAUGUCUUUGACCCCAUCUGGGUCGUAAGACUCUAACCUCAAUCAGUCGAUUGAUGAAAUCAGUCGAUCAAUCAACGAGUGCUGUCGCCAUCAAAUCCGCCCUGAGGGUCAACUGGAAUCUCAGGUAAUCCCAAAAAUCAUGGAUAACGACAGUGAAGAAUUGCACCAGGUUUCUUUUGUGUCUUAACAUGUGCUUCAUUUUCAUCAUCUUAACUGUGUUUAACCAAAACAGAACGUGUUAUUUAUACCUUUUUAUAUUAGCCAAACAAGCCUAGGACGAAAUAUCAUAAUAUCUCUUUGUCAUCUGUCUUCUUUGUUAUACUGAAUGCUGCUGUUUGGCCAUUUUUGUAGUCUACCGUCAUUUCAAAGUGUCUCAAACCUCAGCCAGUGAAGCUAGACUAGUUACAUAAAGUCUACUCAGAUAGUUUCUUUUUUUUUUUUAAUCGUUUGAAAGAACGCUAAAACAAAUGUGAUGAAAAGUCAUGAUGUGUUAGCAUAAAUGCUACAGGCACCUUCUCUCCUGUCGGGAUAAGCUAAAGCUUAAGCUCAUGUCAGUUUGUGUGACUGCAAAACUGCACUUCAAAGUGGAUCUCACUAGAAUUGAAAGAGGGGAGCUUUCCAGACUAUACCUGCAUUUGGGCCUCAACGUGUACAUAAACCCAUAACGCAGAAAAUACACACGUCUAUGGGUGCUUUCCUUCAAAUUACAUUAGCAGUAUGUAGAAACUGUUAUUUGUCACACUUGAAUUAUGAAUAGCUGACUUAAACUUUGCAUUACAUAGUCCCUUAUAUCCACGGCCCAAGGCCUUGGGAGUUACCUCCUAAAUGUUCAUAUAAUGAACAAAGACGCUUGUUCUCAAAUGGCCCUUGACAGGGUGCUACCAUGUUACCUCCUAAUGCCAAAGCUAUGCCAAGGUAGAGAAGAGCUACAGAGCAAACUGUGCUUACAGGAACAGAUUAUGACAGUCACAACACUAUACAUAUACAGUACGUAAUAGAUGUUUAUUUGCUCAGUACAACACUAGCCAACUCUAGCUUACCUCAGAAGAUGAAUGUGUUACAGGCUAACUGUCGUGAAACACUGACGGCCGCCGUUAUUGUGACUGUUGAUAUGGACAGUGUUAUGUAGCAUUUAUGGCGGCGGGGUUUGCCCUGUGUUGUUCACAUAUACUCACCUCAGACAGUUCUCUCGUCCGGCUUUGGACAGGAACCCCCAAAGCUGCACGCCGUUUCUGAUUAUUAUGCUCCUCUCUAUCUGCUUUUAUCUGACAAGGGAAAACAAUAACAAUAAUAAAAUUGUACACAAUCA